AUGCAGAGAGACCGAUGGAGGUGGAGAAACCCCUGCCAGGAGUGGACACGGCUCCAGGGCUGGAAGCGCUCCUACAGCCACCCCGAGUCCGAUGGUCCUGAGGAUGGUGCAGGAAAAGGCAGCUCUGAUGCCAGGACCCCCAGCCUGGCCAAAGCCAGCGCCCGGCGGUCCCUCUUCCAAAGGGCUUUUUCAGCCCCCUCCAAGGUAGCCAAGGAGCCGCGGGGUCCCGAGGGUGGUAAGGCCACGCUGCAGAAGUACCUGCGCUCCAUGUCCAAGAGAAAGGGCCCCAUAGAGAGCGGGACCAGGGCUGAGAGGGCACCUCAGGACGCAGUCCCAGCCCCCGAAAGCAGCCACAGUGUACCACCCGUCCCACUGGCUCCCACGCCUGAUGCUCCAGUGUGGGAUGUCUCCAACUUCUCGCUGGUAGAUGGCCAGCUGGUGCUCGUGGGCAGGGAUGAGGAGGUUUUGUUCAGGAGCAGGAACCGGACCGGCAGCUCCGAGAGCACCAGCCUGCACCCGGCGGGUGGCAGGAGGGACCCCGAGCCACCCACGGAUGAGCGGAGCACCCGGGCAGUGGCGAGAGGCGCUGACAGUGAAUCCACCCAGAUCGGGAAUGUCAAGGGGCUGUUAUGGAAGCGCCUGCGGGAGCGGAAAGGCCGCGGCGGGGUGAAAUCAGAGACACUGGCAACACCCGGCACCGAUGGCGAGAGGGCCCCGAGCCGGACCGGCUCCCGCGAGUCGUUGCUGCCACCACCGAGCGCGGCCGAGCUGGACCUGACCGGGGACAAUGUCAUCGUGCGGCCGGUGCAUGGCAGCAUCGUGGGUGAGAAGUUCUGCUUCCAGCUCCACCUGGAUGGCACACUCUAUGCCCGCACCACGGCCAAAGCAGCUGGUCCCGGUGGCGAGCUCUUCUGGGGCGAGCUCUUCCAGCUGGCUGCCCUGCCCCCCCCCCACACCCUCACCCUGGCCCUGUGCCGUGAGGACGACGGGCGUCCCCGUGAACCCCUGGCCUCUGUCACUGUCCCCUUGAGCGAGCUGGCGGCCGCCACGCGGCAGCCCCUGGAGCGCUGGUAUCCAUUGAGCAGCCCUGGGCACCCAUCGGGCCGUGAGCGGGCACCAGCUGUGAGGGUCCGUGGGCGCUACCAGGAGGUGCGGGUGCUGCCCAUCGUGCGCUACAAGGAGCUGGCCGAGUUCAUCACCUUCCACUACCGGGAGCUGUGCGCCCUCCUGGAGCCUGUCAUCGCCGUGCGGCACAAGGAGGAGCUGGCUGGUGCCCUGGUCCGUGUCCUGCAGAGCACUGGCAAGGCUAAGGCCUUCCUCAUUGACCUCGGCGUGGCUGAGCUGGACCGCUUCGACGACCGUGAGGCACUCAUCUUCCGUGAGAAUACGCUGGCCACCAAGGCUAUUGACGAGUACAUGAAACUGGUGGGGGGCAAGUACCUCCAGGACACACUGGGUGAGGCCGUGGCCCAGCUCUGCACCUCAGACGAUAGCUGCGAAGUCGAUCCCAGCAAAUGUGCCGGCCCUGACCUCUCCGACAACCAGAACAACCUACGGCAGGUCUGCGAGGAGACCUUCCAGCGCAUCGCUGCGUCCUGCGAUGCUUUCCCAGCGGAGCUGGGCGAGAUCUUUGCGGCAUGGCAGGAGGAGUGCGCAGCGCGGGGCAAGGAGAGCAUCGGGCAGCGCCUGGUCUCGGCCUCCCUCUUCCUGCGGUUCCUGUGUCCUGCCGUCAUGUCGCCCAGCCUCUUUGGCCUUGUCCAGGAGUACCCGAGCGAGGCCACCGCUCGCACCCUCACCCUCGUGGCCAAGGUCAUCCAGAACCUGGCCAACUUCACUACGUUUGGUGAGAAGGAGGCCUACAUGGGCUUCAUGAACGAAUUCCUGGAGCACAACUGGAGCACCAUGAUGGCCUUCCUGCAGAGCGUGGCCAAUCCCGAGAGCAGCGCCCACAUGGCCACUUAUGAUGGCUAUGUGGACCUGGCCCUGGAGCUUGCCACCCUCCACCUCCUGCUCUGUGACAUCUUCUCUGGCCUGGACCAGGCCACACAGGAGGAGCUGGAGCCCCUGCCUACCAUCCUCACUGCCAUCAGGGAGGGCACCCCUGUCCCCGUCUCUGUCCGGCUCAGCUCUACCACGGAGCGAAGUCUGGCGGAGGGCUCCAAGCCAGGCUUUGUGCCGCCGCGGGACCUGAGCAAGCACAGUCCCCUCAUCAAGAGCCAGUCGCUCAUCAGCAUCCGCCGUGUCCGGAGCCGGGAAGAUGGACCAGAACCUGAGCCAGCGCCGGACCCGUCUCCACGGCCAGCCCGGGAGCGCAGGAACGUGCAGCGCACCCAGAGCGUGCCAGCGCAGAACAAAGCCGCCCGGCGUCUGCGCAAGCAGAGCAGCGCCGAGCACGUGGCUGAGCCACCGGGUGACGAUGCCUCGGGUCCCUCUGUCCCCCGUGACACCCCGGGCCGCUCAAAGCUGCGGCUGGCGCCCUCC